AUGGCGGACGACGCGGAUCUGGCGGGCUUGUUGCCCACCAUCAAAUGCUCGAAUUGCAACAUGAACGUUGAGAUCUCGGCCAUGGGAGAGCACGUCUGUCAAAAACAGACGCCCCGUAUGCGUGUGUCCCCCCUCCCCCCCCCUUCGCCUGCCAUGGCAGCCCUGUGCAGGACACGACUGACACCGUUUCGUCAGCUUCGCCGCCUCCAGAACCCGAAUCGCAAGCAUCAUCGAAGCCUGGCAGGCAGGGACCUCCUCCGCGAAUCGAUCCUUCUGCAGCUAGUCAGUCCAACCCGUCACUCUACGACUGUGGAUGUUGUGUUGACCGUCGAUUCCUCUCUAGAUCGGCCAUUCUUGCGACCUGAUGAUGUCCUGACCCCGUCGAGUACCCCCGGUUCUCAUUCUGUGUCCCCUUCUCCGGGGACAAAAUCGCCGCAUCGACCUGGUCCGCCACCGCGGAGCAACACCGUACCGCUUCCUCCAGAUCCUCCAUCUCCCGAACUCACCAAUCUCGACUGCGCAUUUCCUCCCUUCCCGUCGACCCCAGCAAGGGACAGGAAGACGAAUCCGACCAGCCCUCGUCCACCCACGGCUGCACCACGGUCACCGCGACCAGCGGAGUCCAAUACCCAAGGGUCGAAUGGGACGCAUAGCCGCGGUAUGUCGACCGAUAGUAAGGGUACUUUUCGAACGUCGGUUGCGAGCAGUCGUUACGGCGAUCCAAUCUCGCGUCCAUCCACGUCUCAUUCCCUGCGACGACCGUCAGUGGGCGGCUCUCGUCCUCGAAAUGUUAUGGACGAAGUGCCUCCCAUACCAACCGGGCCGUUGAAGAGCUUCCGACGGGAUUCUCAAAUGAGCGCGGCGGAGUCGACUGUCGCCGGUAGUCCUCCAAAAACGGCGAAAGGAGGUUAUGGUGGAUUAGAUUUGGAGUUGACGGAGGACCCUGAACCCUAUGAAGACGCCAGCGUUCGCUCAAGCAAUUCUAAUCCGACUCCCAACCCCUUCCCCCGAUCCCAGACAAUGCCUGUGAGAAGUGAAACACCGGAGGACCUUGAAGAGCCUCCCGAAGCGCUCUCGAGAAGGCCUACAGAACCUGUCAAUUCUCUCAUGAGAGAUUCAUUGUUUCUUGACGUGCCGUCGACGAUCACCAACACGGAGAGCAAGAAGGAUGCCGAGGGAGGUUUAACGGUUUCCAAUUUCGCCAGAGCACUGGAUUUAGACAACCCAUAUCAUGCUACGGAGGAGUCAACAUCGUCGACUGAGUCGUCUCACUCAGAUAAUGGCAGCGGAAGCUCGCUCUCCAGCCCGCCCUCGGAGACAGACCGAAAACCGUCGGAGCUGAGCCAGAUUGACGAGAUGCUUCAGGACCUGCAAAUGAACCAGAACGCGUCUCCCGGUGAUGAGAAGCCCCCCGCCACUCGAACGUCGGAUCUCGAGCCUCCGCGGCUCACAGACCCUUCACUUCGGGGCCCUGAUUCACCCACCGAUCCUGCGCUGGAACGAGGUUUAUUUUCGGAGAGGGGCGCGCCUCCCAAGUCGCCAUUGAGGCCGAAGACGCCCCCUGCAGAGCCGAUUCCGCGCCCGCCCACUGCCACAGGCCAAAAGCGUCGUUGUCGCGGUUGUGGACAGCCUAUCACGGGGAAAUCGGUGUCGUCUGCUGACGGUCGUCUAACGGGGCGGUACCACAAGGCCUGCUUCGUCUGCCACACUUGCCGGGCUCCGUUCCUGACAGCCGAUUUCUACGUGCUGGACGACCACCCCUACUGCGCUCAGCAUUACCACGAACUAAACGGCUCGCUGUGCGCGACGUGCAACCGCGGAAUCGAAGGCCAAUACCUCGAAACGGUGGAAAAGAGCGGCAGGGGCGCCAAGUUCCAUCCUGACUGCUUGACGUGCCGGACCUGCAAGAUCGUGCUGCGCGGCGACUAUUUCGAAUGGAACGGACAGGUCUACUGCGAGCGGGAUGCACGGCGGGCAGCCGCCAUGACGCCUCCUCCUCCUCCUCCCGGCCGACGACCGACGAUGCCGUCCUCUCCGCUGGCGCGGCCUCCAGGAUACCCUCCGGGUGGCCCUCCACCACCAGGACGGGGAGGACCUCGACAAGGUCCACCCGGUCCUCGUGGUCCUCCUCAUGGUCCUCGUGGUCCUCCGGGUCCUGGCGGUCGUGGCGGACCCGGUCCUGGAGGACCUGGAGGCCCCAGGGGCCCUGGAGGCCCGCCGCCUCCGAAUAAUCCAGGUCCAGGCCAGUCUCCCGGCCCGCGUCGCUUCCCGGAGAGGAGAACCACCAAGCUGAUGAUGAUAUGA